AUGGCGACGUACCCGCGCAUGGCCUUCUCGCCCGAGGCGUACGCCAAGCACAUGGCCAAUCUCGAUUCCGUCCUGCAGCAAGCGCUCUCGGAUCAUAUCGCGUGGCAUGAACCGACAAUCGUGCUCGACAGCUCGUGGGCGCGGCCGCUCGACAAGAACGGAUGGCGCAUCUUUGCGCAAACCAGUAGCAGCGCGGCCAAGGCGACGUAUGUGUGCACGGGCCGCCUCCACACGAACCUCGAUGCGCUUCGCGCGGCCAUCUACAACGAGCGAACACCGGCCUAUCGGUCCAACUGCGCGGUACUCUACGAAGGCGCGCUCGUCGACGCCGCCGUCCUCAACGUCUCGCAGCGCCGGUCGCCUACCGACGCGGGCCAUUUUCUCGGCGUCAAAGUGCUCAAGCUCGCGAUUAGCCCGGUGGUCGGCGACCUCGACACGACCCAGCACGACUUUGUCUUUGUCGAAUACGCAGGGACACGCCGGGACCGGCAUGGCCGGGAAACGUACUUUGUCAUCUCCGAGCCAAUGACCGACCCGACCAAGCCCAAGGGCGCGUCCUCGAGCAAGGAGUCGCUGGCGACCGUCAAGCUUUACCGCACAGCGGACGACGGCAGCGUCGCUGUGACGGUCCGCGCAGUCAUUCGGUUUGCGCCCAAGGCCAAGAAGCAACAGGCGUCGACGAUGGUGCUCUGGAAAGACAUGGGCGUGUACCUCCCGCGGAGCCUCACCAAGGACUUUCUCUCUGUGACGCGCGAAGCGUUUGCGUACCAAGCGCUGCUCUUGACGACCGGAAGCUUUGCGCCAACGCUCUCAAAGAACACCAAAAUGUGCUCGGUCUGCACGAAGAGCAGCAGCCUCCUUCGGCGCCAUGGCCACUGCCAGCGCUGCGGCCACGCCAUGUGCAGCGCGUGCACGGUCAAGCUCUACUGCGUCGACCGACCGUCGCGGAAGCUCUCGGACAAGCUCAUGGUCCAAGAAAAGUUUUGCAAGCAGUGCUUUGUCGAAGCCAAGACCUUGCGCUUGCGGAGCGACUACAACACGGACGACGUCGCGUCCGUGCACAGCAGCAACGGCUCGGUCAUCUACAUUGACGACCCGAUGCACGCGUCGUACCACGAAGGCCAAGUGAGCCGGUCCGGGUCCGUCGUCAACUCGGUGGUUGGCUCGACGUGCAGCUCGCACGACGAUACGUACAGCUCCUCGUCUAUGGGCUCGGUGGCGCGGAAGGGCAGCGUGGCGAGCUCGGCCACGACGUGGACGUCGUCGGUGAAGGACGAAGCGCUGCCACGCAAAGUGAGCGCGGCUGAUGCCCGCGCAAGCGCCCGACAAGGCGGCCGACCAGCGCGGCGCGGAAGCCUCGAAAGUCAAUCGAUCGCAACGACUAGCAGCUCGUGGUCGUCGCUGACGAAGGAAGAGAUGGCGCUGCGCAUCGACGAGAUGCACGAGUCGAUCGCGCACCAGACGUACCUCAUUACGUCCAUGAACGAGAUGCUCGUCCAGCCUCGUCCGGCGCGCGGGUACGGCGCCAGCGGCGGCAAUCCGUACGUGUACCAUGACCAUCCCACGGCCGCCCCGCUCGGCUACCACGACCUUCCACCGGCCGGCUACGGCGAGAUUCCGCGCCCGCCGCCGCCAAGAUAUCAAAAUUAUAAUAAAUAUUGAGCGCCGUGGAAUUAUAUUAUUUUGGG